AUGAGGAUAGAUCUGAUUAUUGAUGCUGAUCAAAAGAGAGAUGCAAAAAGAGAUAAAUCACUUGCUUCCAAGGUGUCACAAAGUGAAAACCCUGAAAUAGAUGAGAACAUGGGCUAUUUCACUCACAGAUUUCAAAAAAUCAUGAGUGAACGUGGAGGUUUCAUGAAGAAAGAAAAUCAUGACAGUGCUACAAGCUCUAGUGAAGUGUGUUACAAGUGUGAUCAACCAGGUCACUCCAUUAGAGACUGUCCUAUGCAUAAAGUUGACCACAAGGAAUAUCUUAAGACCGAAGAAGGUACACACAAAAAGGGGGACAGGUCUGUGACAAGACAAGUAAAAGAGAAGCUUUUUUCUAGGCGAUGA